AUGACCUUUUGGUUUAAACGGAGCAAGCCAAGAGCAACGCCUCGUUCCCCUCUCCGUUUACAGAUACUGGGCGCCUCAGUUUCAACGGGAGCUCUUUACGACGGGACGGCUUGGGAGAGAGGGAUCAGCUGGGCUGGGCCGCAGCAAGGAGAUUUGACGGAGCUGGAAGAGACCAAACACACACAGAUUGACGGCCAGGCUGCAGUCCGGCCGGUGGAGGACAAGGUUGGACUCGGAGAGUGUCCAGGCUGGGCGGGGGGGAAGCAUGAAGGAGACAGAGAGAGAGAGUUGUCAUUUUCAGUCAUUCUCAUUCUCAAAGACAUGGAAGAGUGGAAGAGUGGAAGAGUGGAAGAGUAUCCGUCAGGUAAGUUGAACAGAGACGGCGGUGGAGGUACGUACCUUGCAUCUCCAUCUCGCACUUUCUUUGAUGGCUCCACCCGACCGGGUCGAGAGAAGCUACUCACACCAAAGAGGAAGGGUGGCACUGGCUCUGACGCUGGUGGCCCGGGGGUGGAGAGUCCUACGACCGGGGGAGGAAAGCAACGCCCAUCAACCGCAACUUCCUCACGACUCCAUCCAGACUACCUACUGUGUAUCCGUACUCCGUACAAUGGAAUACUCAGCGCGGGGGCAGGGGCACUCGCCUUUGAUAAUCCAAAUCAUCCACCUCAAAUACCAAUGACUGCAUCACUUGUACGACGAACGCAAAAGGGUUUGGUGUCCAUCAAUCCCUACGACAUCAUCUCCAUUUCGACGAGGGGACCUAGACAAUCGCUGGCGCCUAGCCACUCCUCAUCAUAUGGCAUCCUCGGAAACACCCCCGGAUGUACUCUAUCAAGUUCAGAAUUAGAAAACCCCUUCGGGAAGCCAAUUUUGUCUACCAAUCUUGGGAGAGGCAUUUGGCGCGUCAAGUCAAAGGCAGUCUGGGUUUACCCAUCUUAUUUUGGUAUCCAUUGUGCAUCAAUCAAUCCAUCCUUCAUCUUGAAGCUCCAGGCUGGCCAGACUUCGGGUUCAUGGAUGACGAUGGACCAGCGUCAAGGUUUCGCUCCUUUGAGCCAGCUGUCUUGCUUUCGCCCCACCCACGAAGAACGUACUCACGUACAGAGUACACCCGUACCUACAGUCCUGUACUGGUACCAAGGAUCGCAUCCCCUGCCAACUUCUGGUGUUACACAAGAAAGGACAGGGCAGGGAGUUCGUACGGAUAUUGGCGCGGACAGGCUUUAUCCCAUCCAGAGAUCCCGUUUCUCUCGCCGCCUCCCCCUCGCGCUCAUCCUUUGCUCGGCGCCUCUCUCGUUGAAGGAUCUGCCAGCGCAGAAGCACCUUGGGUCCGCGCCGUUCGUCGCCAACACCCGCCUAUUCGUACCUAGUCAUGCCAUGUCAAGCAACGGAAAGGCAGCGCCGCUCUGGCUCCUGGAAUCACCUCAGUCUACAGAGAGUACCUUGUCAGCUAAGGUAAUUGGUAUGCGCUGUUGCGGCAGAAUCGCCCUUACCCCGACGCGGGAACUGCUGCCCCAUUUGGGGGCCGCCGUUCAGAUCCAAGCUUUCGCCUGGCGUUCUGUAGGGCGGGCGGCCGAUCCCUCCACCAGUCACCACCGCCCACUUGGUGGUGAGCUGUGGCCUUUGGGCCCAUUCCAGGCCGCCGUCGCCCAGAAUCCAUACGCGGCAAGCAACUUGGGGUUUUUGGGGGGAGGUUUCAAAACCACUGCUCCCCAAGCUACCUAG